AGGAAGUGAGAGCAAAUCACGGAGAGAAGAAGGAAGAUGGAGGCGGCAGUCUUCAUCCUGUCUCUGGUGGACUGCUGCGCGCUCAUUUUCCUCUCGGUUUACUUCAUCAUCACCUUGUCUGACCUUGAAUGUGACUACAUCAACGCCCGAGCAUGCUGCUCCAAGCUCAACAAAUGGGUGAUCCCAGAGAUGGUGGGUCAGUGUCUCUCCACCAUGCUGAUGCUGGUGUCCAUGCACUGGUUCAUCUUCCUGCUCAACCUGCCGGUGGCGGUCUGGAACAUGUAUAGGUACGCCAAGGUUCCCAUGGGGAACAUGGGGGUCUACGACCCCACCGAGAUCCACAACCGGGGCCAGCUGAAGUCCCACAUGAAGGAGGCCAUGAUCAAGCUGGGCUACCACCUGCUGUGCUUCUUCAUUUACCUCUACAGCAUGAUUCUGGCUCUGAUCAACGACUGAGGCCUCCAGCCGCCAGGCCCCCUCACCGCCCCCACCCCGCCCCCCACAUGCUGUCACUGCUCCGGACUCUGGUUAAUAUUUAACCAUCAGCCUCACCUGAGGACCCCCCCCCCCCCCCCCCCCCCCCCAUCACACAGAUCAGCUGAGCUCCUUAAGGCAUGACUUAAAUGUGAUUUUUCUUUUUUUAAGAUGAGGUGAAUUCACCCUGACCCUGCAGUUCAUCGGUUUAUGUCUGAAAGCAGGAUGGGGGGGUGGGGGGUGAGGGGGUGAGGGGGUGGGGGGCAUGGCUGGAUGUGAUGUGAUGUGAUGUGAUGCUGCAGGACUUUGUGGACAAUCACACGGUGUUUGAGGCAUCUGGAGGAUCUGAGGAUCCAGCACUGAAUGAUUUCUACUGUACCAGCCUGACAUUCCCUGAGUGAGCGGGGAGCAGACACUCCUGUGUGUGUGUGUGUGUGUGUGUGUGUGUGUGUGUGUGUGUGUGUGUGUGUGUGUGUGUGUGUGUGUGUGUGUGUGUGUGUGUGUGUGUGUGUGUGUGUGUGUGUGUGUGGUGUGUGUGGUGUGUUCAUGUGGGGUCGUCUCUGAACAAAGUUAAAAGGUUUUCCUAAUUAAAGCGGUGCGUUGUUUUUACACGUCA